AUGGCUAAACCUAAUCAUGGUUUUCGAUCAACGGGAAACGAUCGACUGCGAACACACUUGAUAUUCUCAUCUCAAUCUGAGCAUCAUGUUGCAAAACGGAAAAGACCGAAUAGAAGUAAGGAAUACUUGUUACAUUCACUUUUCUUACUUAAAUUUUUUGAAGGUCGACUCCAGCAGGCUCUACACCGUAAAGAUGAAAUGGUGCAAACCGGCUUGUCGGACUUAGAGCCAACACAGUGGUCUGGAAACCAACGCAUGAUGCAUUUUGGUCCGAUGGCUAACAGAGAUCCAUUUUUUUAUUACUAUCCGAAAGGAUGGGACAUUUUAUACCCUGCUCAUUUCGGCUUUUUUCCGUAUAGGGCCACGGUUGCGAAGGCUCUUUAUAUUCAUGCGUUUUUAGCCUUUACGGAUAUAAUAUGGAGAGUUAAGUUUUGGGAGUUCAUACGACGUAUUGGAGCAUCUAGUUAUGAUAAUAUUGUUUGGUGUUUUAAUUUCAGGAAAUUUCGAGGUUCAUCUCCAGCAAUAUGUAUUGCUGCGUUUGGAACGUUUUUUAUUUUUGGCGGUGCCCUUAUGUUAUACCUAGUCUACUUUAAUGCGGGAGCUUUAUGGCCGUUCCCAAUAGCAGCUGAUACAGUUCCAUUUCCAAUUCUUGUGGCUGGACCUGCUUUACUCAUUCUUGGCAUCUUGUUUUUACUCUCGGCAAUUAUUUGUUCAGUGUCUUCUUUCAAAGUAUGCUGCAGAGAGUUAUUUGUGAAUUUACGGUUUAUAGUUAUUGAGCCAAAAGCAGUAUAUGAGGAAUCACCCUACCAGCCAUUGCCUCCUCCAGCUUACCCAGUACUGGAAAAUAAAUAUGCUAAAUCUUCUGUAUACAAUCCGCAGUCUGAAUUGAAACUUUAUCCUCCGGUAUUGCCCGGUUGUUCAACGCUUUCGCUGCACAGUCAAAACACUUUCGUUGCAAAUCCGUAUAAUACAUUACGUGCUGUAUCUAUGAACAGGUCUGAUUUAACCUGA